AUGGUAGAAGAUCGUUUGAAGCAUAAUAGACCUUCAAAAAAUGAAACUUAUGAAAUUAAGGAGUCGACUAAUAAUGAAUCUCACAAUCAUGAGGAGUCGAACGGGGAGGCACACUCCGACCAUAAAGAAGUUAAGAAACCUGAUAACAAAGGAUGUAGUUACAAAUCCUUCACUAGCACCCGUCCUCCUAUUUUCGAGGGGAAGAAUGGGCCUCUAGCAGCUAUGAACUGGUUAGACGAGAUAGAAAGUUGCUUCCUGACUUGUCAUUGUGCAUCUAGUGACAUGGCACAAUUUGCAUCAACUAUGUUUAAGUCAAAUACACUACAUUGGUGGAAAUCAAUUCGUGCCACUAGGGGAUUGGCAAACACUACAUCUCUCUCAUGGGAUGAGUUUAAGGGAUUAACGAGUGAGAGGUAUUUCUCUCCACUCCAGAUGAGGAUAUUAGAAAGUGAGUUUUUACGUUUAGAGCAAGAAAGUAUGACUGUAGAGAAAUAUGUAGAGACUUGUAUAGAGAAAUCUCGAUUUGUUGAACAUCAAGUCGUUCCCGAGAAAAGAAAGGUAGAUCGAUUUGUUGAUGGACUAAAAAGGGACAUUAGGAGAUUGGUGGGAAUGUCAAAACCUAAGACUUUCCAAGAGACGGUUGAACUUGCCACCCUUGCUGAAAAGGAUAGUUAUGUCCCAUAUGCCUUUAAUAAGAUAUUGAAGAAGAAAGCUGUCAACGUUAACGAGUUCAAGAAAACUCGAGUUUCGGAAGAAAAUAUUAGAACUUCGACCGCAUGUGUCACUUGCGGAAAAUUCCAUCAUGGUGAAUGUAGGUAUGGUAAAGGAGUAUGUUAUAGUUGUGGGCAACCUGGUCAUAUGUCAAAAGAAUGCAAAACAAUAUUUACUUAUUAUUCAUGUGGGGCUGUCGGACAUCGCUCCAAUGAGUGUCCCAAAAAUGAUCUUAUGCAACCGAAGUUGCUCGAAGGACCGAACGACAAGAAACCCGAGGUGCCUAAAACCAAAGGACGAGUUUUCCAAAUGAUUGCUGAAGAGGCAUAG